AUGCAAGUAUCACGUACAGUCUACCGCGCAGCUCUCCUCCACCUAUCCGUCAAUCCUUUCGUGCGCGCCUCAAUCCCAGCUGGCACUACUACUUCUACUACUACCUUGACAUCCCUCAACGCGAAAACCCAAGCCCCAAACACCCGACUCUACAGCAUCCUCUUCCCGCAGUGCACAACGACCUUCAAAGCAUCAGACUGCACGCGCCAAACACGCACAAUGUGUGACUCAAGCUCAGCUUCCGACUCCAGUGCCGCUGCAUCCUCAGAUCCCGCCACUGAGAACGCAGACACCCCAAACCAAGGGACUCAAGAACAAGAACAAGAGUCCGAAAAGAACCUCUACCUCCCCGCCAGUGACCCCUCAAACCCCAUCGCGAACCAACAAGGCGACGGUAGCAUCAAACUCGACAUGAGUUCAGGCGGAACGGAGGUGAAAUUGGAUCAUCUGGGUCCGAUGGUUGUUAACGUCGAUGGGACAUUGUCGCAGAUUGGGAAUUGGCAGCAGAUGACGGAGACUGAAAAGAAUAAUACUCUGCGUGUCCUUGGGAAGCGGAAUCAGAAGCGGUUGGAGGCUUUGAGGGCUAAGGAGAAGGCGGAGGAAGGAUCGGGAUAG